AUGCCUAAAGAACUUUUUAGUCAUUUGCCGUAUGAGCUUAUUCUAAAAGUGAGCAGUUAUCUCGGGUUUGCAGACGUAUGGUAUUUAGGCACUUGCUCAUCUCAGUAUCGCAUGCUGUCGCUUCAACUAUUGAAAACUCAGUUUAACAUUGACUUAUUAAAGCAAAGGUUGCCACAUCCUCUUACUCAGCUUAUACAUGCUGCAGUUGCAUAUUUAGACAGAUAUGCGUUGCAGCCUGGUGAUCAGAUUGAACCAUCAGUACUACAGUCAGUAGCCAAUGUCAUGGCCAUUACAAUCUACGACCAUAUACCCAGCCAAGCAGGCAGAAUUUUUUCCUUGGACUUCCUGCUUGACGAAACGCUAUGCAUUUUAAUGUGCCAUUGCUUACUAGAUCCAACACUGCAAACCUUCGCUGAUAAAGGAGAAGCAAACAAUAUUGUUGCAGGUCAAGAUUUAGAUCAAAUUAUAUCAUCUAUGCAACCUGUAGCACCUCCAAAUGAGACACAUGAUAUAUCACCUUCGCCGUCGACUGGUGUGCUAAUGGUCGAUUUUUUGAACGUCUUAUAUGAGACGUUGUGUGGCAUAUUUGAUGACUCAUCCAUUGCAGAGAUCUUUCAUCGCCUAUUGCUCAAUCAUUUACAACGAAAGAUUACUGAAAUCCGACAUAAUUAUCAAUCACGUCAAUCCGAUUUAUCUUCCUACGCUUGCCAAAUAAACUCACAUCUUUUUGAUGACUUCAAACUUUUUAUGAAGCUUCUAUGCUCAAUAGGUCGCACCGAUUUACUUUCUGCAAGAGAUCUUGAUACGUUCACAUUGCUUCAUAUCAACUACUUUUUUAUUACAAAACCUAGCGACGUCGAUUUUUCAUUAACAGAAGGAUUCAGGAUAAAUUUGAAUAGCAGUAACGACAAGCAACCAAUCAUCAGCACUACUACCAAAAGCAAACAGCAAACCUAUUAUCUGCAAUGGAAAUUAUGGCUAGAAGAGACGCAACUGCGCGUCCACACAUUAUUAGACCUACUACGAGUUCUUAUUCAGCGAAAAUAUACCCAUGGCGAGUUACCAGAGUUUAAACAUAUUUUAAGUAUUUUGCAGGAGACAGUAACUGCACUGUCCUUAUCACAAAUGCUAUGCCCUGAUAAUGGUUCUAAAAUUGGUGGCGAGAAUAAUACAACUUGA